AUGUUAUAUUCUCAAUAGAUGUAAAAGUAUAGGAAAUCAACCAGUUCACCAAUUCUCAAAUAACAGAGUCUUCCAGUAAUAAAUGAAUUGAGAUUUGCAAUGAGAACUAGAGCAGGCAGUGAUUAAUAGCAUUCAGUCAAGAUCAAUUAAGACAGUUUUAUUGCUUGUCGAUUGUAUAAGGAAUAAUAAUGAUAGUAAUGGCUAUUAAUUCUUUGCUAUUUGUGAUGGUCAUGGUUAAAAUGGACAUCUUGUUUCAUAAUACCUUAAGAAAAAUAUCCCAAGUAUAAAUCACUAGAAUUAGUUAUUCUUAGUAAUUAUCUCAAGGACAUGACCUUAAAUUCAGAGGGUAUCAAUUAAGCAAUUAUACGUUCAUACUUAAAAAUUAAUAAAGACUUAUUUUAGAGCAAUAUUGAUACUAAUUUGGCAGGAUCAACAAUAGUAUCAAUAUUGAUAAAGGAUUAAUAAGUAAAGUAUUUUAUAAUAUUUUAUAGAUAUUCUGUGCAAAUGUUGGUGAUUCUAGAGCAAUCAUUUGUUAAAAAGUAAAUACUUGGAUGGCUAUAUAAAUAAGUGUUGAUCAUAAACCAAAUAAUGUAAAAGAAAGAGCUAGAAUUAUAAAUGCUGAUGGUAGAAUAUCUCAAAGAAAAAGUUCAGAAGGAUAUCCUGCUGGUCCUGAAAGAGUUUAUCUCUCAUUUUCAGACACUCCAGGACUAGCUAUGACAAGAAGUUUUGGGGAUAAAAUAGCAGCAAAAGUAGGAGUUAUAGCAGAACCAGGUAUAGUAGUUUAUAUUAUAGAAAGAGAUAUUAGAAUUUAAGAGAACUAAGGCUCAUAAAUUUAUUGUACUUGCUUCUGAUGGGGUUUGGGAUUAAUUAACUAAUGAUGAGGUUAUGGAUUUGAUUUUACCUUAUUUUAAAGAUAAAUAAGUUGAAUUGGCCACUGAACGAAUAGUAAGAGAAGCAUUUAAUAGAUGGAAGCAGUUUUCCAUAUUGAGAGAUGAUAUAACUUGCAUUGUAAUAUUUUUAUGAUUUAAUAUAUAAAUAUAAUUUAUAUAUUUAAUAAUUAAUAUAAUGAUCUAGCUAUUGAGCAUCAUCUUGAUUAUUAAUCUUGCUAAAAGUCAAAUUGAAGUAGACUUAAGUUAAGAAAAUAAUUGGACAUACAUUUAAAAUACUUUAAACACUAGUACUUUUAAGGUGAGAUCUUUACAAACAGAGUAUUGUUACGUUAGAAUAGGAUUAAAAUACUAGGAUCCUACUUUUUUAUUAAUGGCAGAUUAUAAAGUUAAACCUAAUAGCAAUUUGAUUUCAACAUAUAAAUAAGGAGAAAAGAUUGAUAGAAUAAGGUAAGAAUUAUAUUUAAUUUAGUUAAUUAGAAAAUAGAGGAACUAGGUUCUUAAAAUUGAAAGGAAAUGCAGGAACUAUAUAUAUAACUACUAUGGCAGAUUAUAAAAAUAAUUACUAUUAAAUUACGAUCACUGGAAAUAAUGAAGAAGAAUGUGAUAACGAUUGUAAUUAAAAUGGCAUUUGUGAGGUAGAAAUGAUCAUAUUUUAAGACUGAAGGAUGCAUUUGCAAUGGUUCAUUUAUUGGAAAUGAUUGUCAUUAACUAUCUUAGGAAUUAGUUUCAUAAACUUAAUAAGAUGUAUAUUUUGUAAAUGAUGAAACUAUCAAGUUCUUCUCAAUUAAUCUCUAUUAUUUUUUAGGAUAAACUUUGAAACUGCAAUUUGAAGUAUUUAUAGUUAUUAUUUAAAUCUAGUCUAAUUGUCAAGAAUGUUUAAAUAUUAUUAUUUAUAAAACUAAAGCUCUUUUUAGGCCAGAAGAAACCUAAAAAAGCAAUUAUACUUAAUUAUUUUCUUUUUCUAAUGGAUUAAGCACUAUUUAAACAAAGAUUCCAGAUAUAUUGCCAGCUUAAUAACAAAUUUUAUAUCUUUCUGUUUUUAAAUAAUAUUCCAAUAAUGAAACUGCUCAUUUAUAAAUUAGAUUUAAUUAUGAGCCUUAAUCUUAUGAUGAUAUUGAUGAAAAUAUUAAUAGUACUCGAUUAAUUUACAUUAUUAUACCAUCUGUUUUUGGAUCAUUAUUAUUUUUCCUCUGUAUAGGUUGCCUAAUAAAUAGGAGAAGAAAGGCAAUUCAAGCUUAAUCUAUUAUUCAAGGUCCUUUUUAUCAACAACCCAGAAAUGUAAUUAAUUAAGAUCCCUUUUUUAAUUAAAACAGAAAUGUAAUCAUGAUCACCUAUAAUAGCAAUUUCCUUAAUAACCUUAAAUUUAAAUUGUACAACCUCCAGCUUCUUAAUUUCUUUGGCCAAAAGAAGAACCUAAUAAUGAUGAUGAUAAAUGUAUUAUCUGCUUCUAUUAACUUAAUUAUUAAAAUAAUACAGUAGUGAAAAUUAAUUGCGGGUAUAUAAAAUUAUUAAAUUUAGCCAUUAAUUUCAUCGAGAUUGCAUUAAAGGUUGGUGUAUAAAAUAACAAUCUAUAAAAUAAGAUAAAUAAAGUGAUUGCCCGUAUUGUAGAUGCCCUAUGGAUUUAAAUUUAAUCUUUUGA